AUGUCGCCGCUGCUUGGUCGUCUGGCCGUUGGGCUGUUGCUCGCGGCCGGCCAGCUCACCACAGCCUAUGACUUAGACCCAGAUUCGCCCGAUUCUGUCAUGUCGGUGUCAAAAGACAUGGCCGCGGAUUUGGUGUCAUACUACAACGGCAAUCAGCCGGGCAAUACCCCUGGGCUUCUUCCCGAUCCAUACUUUUGGUGGGAGGCUGGUGCCAUGAUGGGGACGCUUAUCGACUACUGGUAUUAUACCGGCGACGAUACGUACAACAACCUCACCUCACAAGCGCUCCUCUUUCAAGUCGGCGAGACCAACGACUAUAUGCCGAGAAACCAGACUCGAACCGAGGGAAAUGACGACCAAGGCUUUUGGGGCCUCUCCGUCAUGUCGGCUGCCGAAUACAAGUUUCCGGAUCCGCCCGCUGAUCAACCGCAAUGGCUGGCGCUCGCUCAAGCUGUCUUCAACACACAAGCCGCUCGAUGGGACACGGAGCACUGUGCGGGCGGCCUGCGUUGGCAAAUCUUUACGUGGAACAAUGGCUAUGACUACAAGAACUCAAUCUCACAGGCAUGCUUCUUCGCUCUCGGUGCGAGGUUAGCUCUGUAUACUGGCAACCAGAGCUACGCUGACUGGGCUGACAAGACGUGGGAUUGGAUGAUUGCCACAAAGCUCAUCAACACCAAGAACUGGGCCGUCUACGACGGCGCCGGCAUUGAAAGCAACUGCACCGUUCUUGUCCCUUAUCAGUUCUCUUACAACGUCGGCGGCAUGAUUCUCGGUGCCGCCGCCAUGUACAACUUGACGGAGUCGCAGACGUGGAAAACCCGCUUGGACAAUCUCCUUGAAGGUAGCAAGGUGUUCUUCACAGGGCCCAACAACAACAUCAUGUCCGAGGUCGCUUGUGAAUCGGUCGAUACUUGCAACCUUGAUGAGCAGUCGUUCAAGGCUUACCUGACGCGCUGGCUAACAAUGAUGACCAAAUGGGCGCCUCAUACGUAUAAUGUCAUCCAUCCAUACCUACGGGCGUCUUCGGUCGCCGCAGCGAAGCAAUGCAAGGGCGGCGCGAAUAAGCGCAUGUGUGGCCUCAUCUGGUACGAUGGCAAAUACGACAAUACGACUGGAGUCGGACAGCAGAUGGCAGCCCUCGAGAUCACAAUGUCCAACUUGAUUCUGAAUAGCAGCUCUCCGGUGACUGCAGACACUGGAGGCACAAGUGUAGGAGAUCCCGGUGGCGGCGGUGAUGACAUUGGUCGAAACCAGCCAAAGGGGCCAGACUAUAAACCCAUUACCGGCGCCGAUAAGUUUGGUGCCGCUGUCCUAACACUGCUGGCUAUUGCUACCGUGGUUGCGGCCAUGGGUUUCAUCUUCCUCGACGAGACAUCGCCUAAAGGGCCUGUGGCUCAAUCCAAAGGAUUCUUUUCUUCUGCCUCUGCGGCCAUUUCCACUCUUGCUGCGGGUGGAGGAAUGGCUGCAGCCGCCGCCGCCGGUAGAAGGAGAAGGGACAAGGAAAAGGGAAUCAGGAUCAACGAAAAGUCAAUCCUCAACAACGGCGAAUCAGAGAGCAGCUCAAAGAAUCCGUUCACUGAACCGGUGUUGGUGACCCCCGACUCGAUCCGGUACAGUGGAGUGAGCCAACGGCGGCUAUCAAACAUGCCCAUAGGUUGGCCACAUAAUCCGUCCGUCAGGAAUAGCGUUAUUGUGGCCGAGUCGUCCGCGGGGGCGUCUGCUGAAGACCAGCGGCAGCGAUAG